CACACACACUCUCACUCUAUCUCUCUCUCUCUCUCACACACACACACACAUUCCUGUUUUUCUGACUGGGCAGCGUUAUAAGCGGUCGUGGAUUAUGUCUCUCUAACGGCGGACUAUUGUCUUCUCCGGCUGCGAGCGUGAACAGCAUCACACAUCCUUCCCCUCAUCUCUUUCUCUGUCUUGUAGAUCCAUUUAUCAUUCGGCUCUUCUGACUUCUGAGCUGAGAGACGUCCAGCCUACGUUCAGUGGCGGUGGAACAUGUCCUAUGUUCCCUUUCAAGAUGCAAGGUGUGUCGCCCCACCCUCCUACCAUCAUCACCAUCACCGCUCCCACGUCCACUCCUUCCACACUCCCUCCUACGACCGCCCCGCCUAUGACCGCCCCUCGCACGACCGCCCUUCCUUCAGCCGCCCCUCGCACGACCGCUCCAUCUACGACCGUCCCACGCACGACCGCCCCGCCCACGACCACUGGAACCCCCGUCACCGUGUGAGCUCCGGAAAGCAUCUCUACAUGUUGGACCAGGAGGAGGUACAUCCCCUACUGAUGCGCGAGCGGCGCUCAGAGUCUCACAGGAACAAGCUGCUGCGGCGGACCGUCAGCGUUCCUGUUGAGGGAAGACACCAUCCGGAGAUGGAUCACCGCGCCCGCAGGAAGAGCAUUGCGACAGGAAAGCAGCCCAGCAUGGACGUCCCUCCCUCUGCCCCCCUUCAACCCUUCCGACAAUCCGUGAGUAACCCUCUGUGUUCCCGGCCUCUCUCGCUGCCUCCCCCCCUCCUCCCUCCCCACACCUGUGGCCGCCGAGCCUCCUGCGCCCCGCCUCACCUCUCCCCCCUCCCCUUUGCCGUCUCCCCCUCCUCCACUGCAUGCCGGCGGCAAAACCUACUAAAAAGCAGCAAGAAGGCGCCCGGCACGCCCCCCCUGCCCCGCUCGCUGCCUCUCUCCCCUUCCCUCUCCUUCACCCUGCCUCACUCGCCCGCCGCCUUCUCCACCCCCUUCUCGUACUGGGGCGGAGAUUGGAGGGCUGCAGGUUCGAGUCCAAUGGCAGGAGGAACGUUAAUUGCACCGCUGCCCCCUGUGGAGAGCUUCCUCAGCAGAAGGUUGAAGGGCUCCAUCAAGCGGGCCAAGAGUCAGCCCAAACUGGACCGAACCAGCAGUUUCCGCCACAUGAUCCUCCCUCGCUUCCGCAGUGCCGACCAAGAAAGGACCCGGUUGAUGCAGAGCUUCAAAGAGUCCCACUCCCAUGAAUCCUUGCUGUCCCCCAGCAGCGCCGCGGAGGCGCUGGACCUCACGCUGGACGAAGACGCCAUCAUCAAACCUGUCCACUCCAGCAUCCUGGGCCAGGAGUACUGCUUUGAGGUGACCACGGCCUCAGGAACCAAGUGCUUUGCGUGUCGCUCAGCCGCAGAGAGAGACAAAUGGAUCGAGAACCUGCAGAGAGCUGUCAAGCCCAACAAGGACAACAGUCGGAGGGUGGACAACGUUCUGAAGCUCUGGAUCAUCGAGGCCCGAGAGCUGCCGGCGAAGAAACGCUACUACUGCGAGCUGUGUCUGGACGACAUGCUGUAUGCCCGCACCACCAGCAAGCCCCGCACAGACACGGUUUUCUGGGGUGAGCACUUUGAGUUCAACAACCUGCCUGCCGUCCGGAACCUUCGCCUUCACCUGUACAAAGAGACGGACAAGAAGAGACGCAAGGAAAAGAGCACGUAUCUGGGCUUGGUCAGCAUCCCCAUCUCCAGCAUCACUGGACGUCAGUUUGUGGAGCAGUGGUACCCCGUCAUCCAGCCCAGCGUCCUCACCAAGGGGGCCGGCGUUGGAGGAGGAAAGAUCAUCAACGCAUCACUGCGCCUCAAGUCCCGCUUCCAGACCAUGAACAUCUUGCCCAUGGAGCUCUACAAAGAGUUCGCAGAGUACGUCACCAACAACUACCGGACGCUGUGUGCGGUGCUGGAACCGGUCCUGAGCGUGAAGAGCAAAGAGGAGGUGGCCUGUGCGCUGGUGCAUAUACUGCAGAGCACCGGGAAGGCAAAGGACUUCCUGUCGGACAUGGCGAUGUGUGAGGUAGACAGAUUCAUCGACCGCGAACACCUUAUCUUCAGAGAGAACACUCUGGCCACCAAAGCCAUAGAAGAGUACCUCAAACUGAUCGGACACAAGUACCUCAAGGAUGCCAUUGGGGAGUUCAUCAGAGCCUUGUACGAGUCAGAGGAGAACUGCGAGGUGGACCCCAUGAGAACGCCCCCUUCCGUGCUGCCCGACCAUCAAGCCAACCUGCGAAUGUGCUGUGAACUGGCUCUCUGCAAAAUCGUCAACUCCCAGUGCGUGUUCCCGCGGGAGCUGAAGGAAGUGUUUGCCUCCUGGAGGGUCCGCUGCGCGGAACGGGGUCGCGAGGACAUCUCCGACCGCCUCAUCAGCGGCUCCCUCUUCCUGCGCUUCCUCUGUCCCGCCAUCAUGUCGCCGUCACUCUUCAACCUCACGCAGGAGUAUCCCGACGAGCAGACCUCGCGCACGCUCACGCUCAUCGCCAAAGUGGUGCAAAACCUGGCCAACUUCUCCAAGUUUGGCAAUAAGGAGGAGUACAUGUGUUUCAUGAAUGAGUUCCUGGAGAUGGAGUGGAGCUCCAUGCAGCAGUUCCUCUAUGAAAUCUCCAACCUGGAUAGUGUCAGCAGUGCAGGCGGCUUUGAGGGCUACAUCGACCUGGGGAGGGAGCUGUCCAUCCUACACAGCCUGCUGUGGGAGGUCAUGGCUCAGCUCAGCAAGGACGCCAUCAUCAAACUAGGCCCCUUACCUCGGCUGCUCAAUGACAUCAGCAUGGCUCUACGGAACCCUCACCUGCAGAGGCAGCCCAGUCACCAGACAGACCGGGUCCAGAGCGACAGGCUGUUAUCACGACCCAGUUUCACUCGCGGGAUCUCAUCCGAGUUCCAGAAUUUCAUGAUGAGGGAUCAGAACAGCUCUAUAGAUAUCACUCGCUUGCCUUCACCGACCUCCACUGGUGGGAUUAUGCCGUCUCGCUCCCAGAUGAACUUCCAGGACCGGGAUCACCUCCACCGAGCGUCCUCCAAAGACAUGUUCUAUGUGUCGCGCCCUCCUUUGGCCCGUUCCAGCCCGGCCUACUGCACCAGCAGCUCGGACAUCACAGAGCCAGACCCCAAGGAUUCCCACAUGAACAGCGUGUCUAACCUGCAGUUGGUGGACAUGCUCAACUCCUCCCAGGCCUCCAUCGCCGGUAUGGGCAGCUUCGGAGGGCUGAGCAGCGGAGGCGGUGGCGGCCUGGGGUCGGGCCUGAGCAGCCAGCUGCGGGCCGGUGGGCGGUUGUCAGCUGGCUCUGGCGGCUCCAGCAUGUCCGGCGGCCUUCGGCUGAGCCAGCUGAGCCAGAUGGGCACAACCACCGACUCGCUAUCCCAGCAGCAGCAACAGCAGGCCGCCGCCAUGCGCUACCCGCUUUCCUUCCAGAAUCCUCUCUUUCACCUGGCGACUGCUGAUGGGCCCCAACAGCAACAGCUCCACCACCAGCACAGCAGGGUUCAACCCCCAGCUCCCCUGCUCCUGGCCCCAGAGCCCGACCCCUCUCAUCCGACCUACAUCCCACAGUUCGCCCACGGGGGGUUCUCUCGCAGUGAGGACCUGUCCACCCUCAGGACCAGAGACGGUCACCUUGGACAGCCCAACAUCAUCCACUCACACAGCUACAGCGACGACUACGCCAGGGCCGAUUACGGACGACGGCAGAUGUCCAUACACAUGCAGGACAACAUCCAGCAGCAGCAGAUGAUGGGCUUGGCCUCCCAGACUGGCACCUCACACUCAUCUCUGGCCACCACGCCCCCCUCCACCGUCCAACCCAUGCGCCAAAGUUCGAUCGCCCCGCCUCCCACACAGCGUGUCAAAUCUCAGACUUCGCAUCAGCUGUCCGUCAGCGCCGCCGCCGCCCCUGCUGCCCCGGCCAAAACUCGCCCUCAGAGCGGCAACCUCCUGCAGUCGCCCGAGUCUGGCUACGGCGGCCGGCAGCACGGGUCGCGGCAGCUGUCCGUCAAAGACAACACAGCGCCUGGCCUGCCACACCAGCAGAGCUCUGUCAGGGAAAACCAGAGUCCGCAGGGGACGACGAGCCAGAGUGCACAGCAGUCGCCGCAGCAACAGCAACAUCUGCUCAAGCCCAACAUGAGUAAACAGGGAUCCCAGACUCCAUCCACCCUCAAUCCAGCCACUCCUGCCAACGAGAGGACGGUGGCCUGGGUCUCCAAUAUGCCUCAUCUGUCAGCCGACAUUGAGAGUUCGCGAAUCGACCGUGAGGAGUUCAAGCUGAAGGAGUACUCGAAGAGCAUGGAUGAGUCACGCAUGGACCGGGUGAAGGAGUAUGAAGAGGAGAUCAACUCCCUGAAGGAGCGGCUGGUGAUGUCUCACAAGAAGCUGGAGGAGUACGAGAGGAGGCUCCUGACGCAGGAGCAGCAGACCAACAAGAUCCUGCUGCAGUACCAGAACCGGCUGGAGGACAGUGAGAGGAGGCUACGACUGCAGCAGCUGGAAAAAGAUUCCCAGAUUAAAGGAAUAAUUAGCAGACUGAUGGCGGUGGAGGACGAGCUAAGAGGAGGACAGGUGAUCGAGCCCAAACCCAGGAUUUUUCCCGAACAGGUGGUUGUGAAGGCCUGUGCUGAUCUCUGGAUGGAGCUGCCGAGGAGUUGAUCUGUGCUGGUCUUUGUUUCUGUGGCGCAUGUCCUCUUGACGUGGAGCUCCAGUGAGUCACGGCUGCUUCCAUCUCAUGCUUCUUCACUCAUGGCGAAGUCUGAGGGAGCGAAAUGGAGAAGUGAAGAUCAAUAUUUUAAACUGAGACAACAGGUUUCAUCAUACAGUUAUCCCACAGUACAGUACAGUAAAAAAAGAAUAAUAAUCUUAUUGAUCCAGUGGUCUUCCAUGAGCUUUGCAUUUAACUUUAAAAAUAAUUUGAUUUACAAAAUGAUUGUUCUUGAGUGAAAACCGUAAUGUAAGAAUAAAUAAAAACACUAAAAAUAAAUAUCAAUUAAAUAAACGUAAAAACAAUAAGUUUGCAUAUUUUGCAUUUUAAAAUAUAAAUUCUAUAUAAUGAAGAAGAUAUUCUCAAAUAAAAUUAUUAUUUUUUAAAUAUUCAAGUGAAAUUGUGUCCACAGGUCUGAAGAGCUUUUGAUUAGUCAAAAAAUUAAGAAAUUAAAAAAAUAAUAAUAAAAACGUGUCCCCCAACAAAUGAAGUCAUAAUCAAAUGAAUACUACUAUAGAAUACCUGAUAUAUAUUUUCUUCAGUCUAAAUCCGCAUGCAGCCAUCUGCUCUGUUCUCUUCCUUAUUGCUUGUACAGUGCUGUUCAUUUGGCUGGACUUCCAUGUCAGAGUCGUCCAUGACCGCAGCCUUCUGUGGUGUGGUGUGGUGUGGUGAGGCUUGACACCAGCAUGAGCUGUUCAGCUUCUCUUCCUUUUCGGAAACUUCAGGAAGGUGUUUUCUCAGAACUGUGUUGUUGUCGAGUGCUUGUCUUCUCCAGAUACCUUCUAACUGGACUUUAAUGAAGGAAGCUUUAUUUGGGACACUAGAACAGGGAAUCCAAGUGUAAUCGCACCCACAGUGAAAAUGACUGUAAAGUCAAACCAUGUUGUUGAAAUCUGAAAACAAUUCAUCACCAUGUUGCAUAUUCAGGUCAAGCGAGGGUCCGUGUGUUCAGCCGUGUUGUGUCUCCUCGUGUGCAUGAUUCUGCAUGACAGAUAUGAACACGGCUGCUGACACGCUCGCAGCCUCCUGAGUCAUCCGAUAACCUGUAUUGUCCGUGUUCCCCGCCACUCUCGGUUUUCUUUCUCCCUCCACACCAUUGCACCUCUCCUCCUUUCCAAUUCUCUUGCUCCCUCCCCACUCCCUCCUUGUUUCCUUGCUCCCUCCUCUCCUCUCUCCUGCUUUCCUUUCUCCUUCCUCUCUUCCCUCCUUGUUUCCUUGCUCCCUCCUCUCCUCUCUCCUGCUUUCCUUUCUCCUUCCUCUCUUCCCUCCUUGUUUCCUCACUGCCUCCUCUCCUCGCGUCUGGUUUCCUUUUUCCUUCCUCUCCUCCCUCUGUUACUUUUCUCCUUCCUCUCCUCCCUCCUUGUUUCCUCGCUGCCUCCUCUCCUCUCUCCUGGUUAACUUUUUCCUUCCUCUCCUCCCUCCUGGCUUCCUUGUUGUCUCCUAUUCGAUCUGCUGGUUUCCUUUCUCCUUCCUCUUUCCCCUCCAUGUUUCCUUUCUCCUUCCUCUCCUCCCUCCUUGUUUCCUUUCUCCUUCCUCUCCUCCCUCCUUGUUUCCUCACUGCCUCCCCUCCUCUCUUCUGGUUUCCUUUUUCCUUCCUCUCCUCCCUCCUUGUUUCCUCACUGCCUCCCCUCCUCUCUUCUGGUUUCCUUUUUCCUUCCUCUCCUCCCUCCUUGUUUCCUCGCUGCCUCCUCUCCUCUCUCCUGGUUUCCUUUUUCCUUCCUCUCCUCCCUCCCGGCUUCCUUGUUGUCUCCUAUCCGAUCUGCUGGUUUCCUUUCUCCUUCCUCUUUCCCCUCCAUGUUUUCUUGCUCCUUCCUCUCCUCCCUCCUUGUUUCCUUUCUCCUUCCUCUCCUCCCUCCUUGCUACCUCGCUCCCUCCUCCUCCCCCCUGUGUUGACGAGAUUCGGUGAUUUCUCUUAGGGGAGGCGUCAGUCCAUCCUAGUGCAGCCCCGUCUCGCUCCUGUCCCACCCAGAAUAUCCAGGUAAUAAACCAAACUGUCACCGUCUUUCCGUGACCAGCCGCCUCUUCUCAGUGUUUCCUCCUCUGCGUCUCUGUCGGCACACACUCACACACUCACACAAACACAGACAGGAGCUUGAAGUGUGACAGCAACAGUCAGGAGUGUCAGGAGUGUGAGACAAGAGUUGCAGUCAAACAUUUGAAGUCUGAGUCAUUGUUUUGUCACCAUAUCUACUCCCGUGUGUUACACAACAACAUAUAAAGUCUUGUUACAGAGUUCUAUGACUUAGAUGUUAAAUUACAGCUGCGUAGCAUGACAUAAAAUGCAGCCAAUAUAUUUGACAUUGCUAGCAUUGUUGUGGUCGCUCAUCGAACGUGUGUUGCCUGGAUGUGCUGUUAAGUCAUGUGGGAGAGUUAUUACACCACGUAUAUUCCAUUACCACCAACAUGUUGUGUACUGAUGCAAUGGUAUGAUUAUGUAAUUAUUGCCGCUGUGACACAUUUUGUUGUGCUGUAAACACAUUCAACACUGCAACCUGCUGUGAUCAGAGGUCAACCCAAGGUCAUUUCGGCCACACUUUCAGUUGAACUGUCCCGACAUCUCCCUAACACAGCAGGAACCAUGUGUCUGACCUGCCCUGGUGAUCACGUGUGUACCCGUGUUUGACAAAUAUGGAUGUUGUACCCUGAACGACCGGCAGAGGUCGCUUUAAACGGCAUUUAAACAGUGUGUUUUAGGGGGGAGACGGUAAGAACCUGCGACUCUCUUCAUGCAUCACAUCUCCAUUCACUGUUUUGUGUUGUCCUGUACCGCAACUUUCUUUUGCACCACAAUAAUAAUAAUAAUAAUAAAAACGUACAGAAGCACGUUUGGUAAGUUGAAGCCAAGAAAGGAUGUCAGUCAACAUUUCUGCCAUGUUGUUGUUCAGCUGCUGGGUUUUCCAGUUUAAUAAGCAUGUGUCCUGGCCUACACAUGGAUAUUAAACCUCUGUGUUUGAGAGCGUGUCCGUGGACUCAUGUGACUGGCAUCCUGUCGCACCAGCUGUUCUAGCACCAGUUAGCAAACUCUGGUUCUGACUGAGAAGAGAAAAAGGGGGAAGUAAAGCCGCUCAUGUGCGUCAAAAUUGGAGGGUGAAUUCGUUUUCUGUUGCUUUUGUUUUGCUUUUUUUAUUUUGAGAAAAUCCCAUCAGACGUCCAGAGAGUUUUCUUUUUGUUGGCAUUUCUCCGCUACGCAACUGUUCUUUCUCCUUACUGUCUCCUCCCUCCGCAGCUCCUCAUCUCAUGUGUGUUUCAUUCUCCUGUAACUUUGGUUCCUUAAGAGGAGCAUCUUAAGCUCGUGUGUCUCAUUUAGAUUUCCCUGAGAAAAGCUUGAGUGAAUAUCAAGAUUAGCAUCUGCUAAUGUGGUUGUUUUUAUUAUUAGUAGUAUUUUUGGUCGUUCUCUUUCUUAUGUUUUCCUAUUACGUUUGACUAUUUAAUGUUUUGAUUAACAUUUGCCCCCUGUCAACUUAAGUUUCAGGGCUAACAACAUGGUUGUGAUUCGGCGUCGAGGCCUUACUAUUUAAGUUGUAAACUCUUAGACUGUGUGUGUGCAAAGGUAAGAACCAAACCUUGACCGCAGCACGACCAAAGCUGCUGCCGUGCCAGUCCAUAGGUGUGAGUCCUGGACAGCUUUUGGGUGGCGAGUCCUGCCAAGGUUUGGAGUCCUUGCAGAUUAUCGGAUGCCUCUGCCGUAGAGCUGAGCGUGGCUUGGUGCAUGGCAUCAGCUUGUGCCUUAGAUAAGACAUAGUUUGAUGUUUAAGAUAAGUAAGGCUUUGAAUAGAAAAUAAUCGUGCCUUUUUCUUGCCGCUCCCAACCCUCAAACUCAGGUUUCAGUCGUGGCUUUUGUGGUCGGAUUGCAGCCAAAUUGUAUGAAAACGUGAAGCUCAGGAUUCAGUGACUGAGUCAGGUGCUCACCACAGCAUCAUGACAUCACUGUGUCAUCUGCAGCGUGCAGACUAGGAAGAAGCUGCUGUUGUUCAAAGGUGACACUUGGACAAAGACAUUUUUGUGAUUGGGUCUGACCCAACGGGUGCGAUGAGGGAAGUGGAGCAUGUAGGCGGCCUCAUCCGAUCACAAAAGCCUCUCGAGCGUAUAAGAACUUUCCGACCAGAAUUGGAAUCCCCCUUCAUCUCUUCUGUCUGUCUGUAUUCGUGUGCUGCCCCGUCUUUGUAACUCAUUUGUGUCUCUUCUGUCUCUGCCUCUCCCUCUUUGUCUUGCGUGUUAUUCAUGUCACCGGCCUUGGAUUUUCCAUGUCCCCUCUCCAUCCCUCCCGUUUUUCAAUGUUCUCCACACGUCAUCUUUGGAUGUGUUUUUUAACCCUGCUUCCCACCUUAACCCGAUGAUUCCCCCUUCCUCCCACGCUCACACCCUUCCCUCCGUCCUCAUCACCCCUCCUGACCGGACGCCUCCUCUCACCUCGCUCCUUCACUCAUUGAACGGCCUGGAACAUCUCUCCCUGCUCUUGCUCCUCUUUCCCCCUCCUUCCCCCCUCUUUCUUUAUCUCGCUAGGAAAACCAGCUUUCCUCCCUGGGUUCUGCAGACCCCGGUGUGAGAACUGAAGGUGGAGAGGGAGGUGUUGGAGCAGCAGCAGGAGCGCAAACCGACCAUCCAAACCUCAGAGUCUCUUCCUCGGGCAUUUCCUCUGACGCCUGGCCCCACAAUGGAGUCCUCCCACUAACCGUAGACCCUCCCUCUCUACCCCGAUCCUCAUCAGCGUCCUAGUCAUAAUGGAGAGCUCCGUGGCAACCACGCAUCCUUCUUCACCCCGGUCCAUCUACUGGGACGGGGGUAGCAAAAACCAAGGGGUGUAGGCUAAACACACCGCUGAGCCAAAUCAGAGAGAGAAGACGCUCCUGUCUUUCCAAAAAAAACUGCUGCAUUUGGAGUCGCUCCACUCCUGGGUGGCAGGAGGGAGAACGCUGGAGCUCCUGUGCUUUUCUCACGUUACACUCUAAGGGCUCUUGAACAGACACCGUGGAGCUUCAGCUCGUAUCUUGCAGGACAAGAUCACGAUACCGACGAAUGUCUCUCACCCCAAAGACUUUAGUGAACAAGUGCUAUGAGCUGCUUUCCCUGACCCCUUUGCUCAAACACAUCAGGCGAAUGAGAAGCUUUGGUGUCUUCUGGCUCUUCUUUAGUGCCUUUGAGUGUUGUCCAACAGGGUCCACCAGUCGAGGACAGGCGGUUGCUUGACGGGUCAAGGCUCGGUGAAACAUGGAAGCUUCCAGUGUUCAAUAGGCAGACGGGGGGGGCAACUUUGUUUUCUCUUCUCAAUAUCAGAACCCAUGUGUGACAAACUGGUGCUAAACAGGAAAACUAUGGUGCCAUUUUCAAUGUCUGUCUGCCAUGACACUGCCUCAGUCUCACUCACCGUCCUCAGAGAUUUGUUGGAGAUCGCUCUUCUUCUGUCACUGUUGUUUGUGUGUCUGUGUUGUGUGUCCAACGCCCGAUAUAGACUGUGACGUUUCAGGAUUCCUACAGCUUGAUUCACAGCCAAAUGUCACUUUGGAAGACUGUGAUUGUGCGGCAACACUGAAGAGUCCUAAUGAAUGCUAAUGUUAGCCGCUUGUCUUAAGGAGACAGCGUGGAUGGGUACACAGAGAUGAAGUGCGUGUUUCAGUACCAUUUUUACUGCUUGGAAAAGAUUAAGUUCCAUGGAGCUUCACUGUUUUCUGUGCAUUUCUGAAUGUGUCCUCCUGAGAAAUGCUUGUUAGCAGCUACAUGGCUAACUUGUCCUAGCGGUGAGGUUCGAUACACAAAGCUGAAAUCUAUGUGAAUGUAAAUGAUAGAAUCUUUCAAGUGAAUAUGAGUUGAGUCAUUUGGAUUCACAAAGUGCCUGGGAUGACGUAUCCUUCGGCCUGUAGACCAUCACCUUACUAGCCCUCUACAAGACAAAAGUGUUAGCUCAGCGUGUGCAAACAUCUGUUUGUGUGCAACUGGUCUGUGUGCUGUUCUUCCAGCGACUGUUCAAAAUGUGUCUCCUCAUCCCUCUGUUCAUCUUGUCCUGACUCCUGUCUUCUCACUGGACAUGUCAGAAAAACCAUGAAGAGAAUCGUUGAGUCACUUCUGAUCUAGCACUUUAAUUUGACCCGCGCAGCGUCUGUACUUGUGGCUAGUAGGGCUAUUAAAUCAUGAAUGUCGGACCGCUCCCCGGCUAGGCUUGAACGUCAGAUAUUGCUGUGAAAAUACCUCAGUGACUCAGGUAAACAGCGGCGAGCGGAGCAUCCUUAGCUUCUGCAAAAGCACCUGAUCAAGCAUCCUACCCCGUUUUCUCUCCCUCUGUCUCCCCUCCUCUCUCCCUCUUUAGCCACUCGCAAAGCUUCAUCGAGGACAGUGUGGAACCUAAGUGGCUGAUGCACCGUCGGCAGUCGGCGGGGUGGCACGCCCAAAUGUCCAGAGCGCUUUCUCGCGACGCGAUUGGCUGACAAAGGGAGAACUUGGGUCGUUGGUCCCACUCUCUUUGCUCAAAGGAAGGUGCCGAGCCCCAGCGGACCAUGUAAAGGACCAGCUGGGAUUCUGUUUUUAGUAUUUUACAAUUCCCGAACGGAGCCCCCUCUCUCUCUGAUUUUGGAGCGCCUGAUGGUGGGAGCAACAUUUGUCCUGGCAAGCAUCAUCGCAGCUAUGCAGUCUGACAGAGGAGCACACAGAGUGCUAGGAAACGAGAGAGAGGGAAGAUGUGGGUCUAUCAAAGGUGCUUGACUUCUCUUCAUACUAUUUGGAAAUCGUUUCUCUUGAAAGUUUACUCUCACACACAUUUUAUCUCCAGUAAUAAUUUUCGUCAUAGUUUUAGCUCUUCCGUUUGUUUCUUUAAGACUUUGAUUUCAAAAGAAACAAAAUAUGCACACAGCCCAAGAACAACAAGACUUUGAGGAGAAAAAUGGACAGAAUGUCUUUAUUUAUAUUUCUAUACUAUUCUUACCAUAGUUUACAUAUACAUAUAUAUAUCUAUAUAUCUAUCUCUAGAUAUAUCUAAUGAACAGAACUAUUGGUCAGAAUCUUCCGGAGUUUAUUUCCAGAGAUGCCUCUAUCUGACGGACCAUCCCAAAUAACCUAUUUGAUAAGAGAUUUUUGUACCAAGACAAUCUGGUGGAGGGCGAUUUGCCUGGCGGCCAAUGGACGACCGUGUGUUUCUCCUACUCCCCGACCCAUAGUUUGCAUGAGAACCUGUAGUCGAGACUCAAUAUUCGGACGAUGAUUCCCAGCGAACAGUCGCCAUGGAGCUCUCCUCGCACGGACGAUUGGUGAAAGCUGUGGGAUUAUUCUUUUUAUACACCACGUCGACUCUCCUGAGGAUCGCUGUGCUACUUUUGAUUUCUCCGGACACGAGUCCUUGCCUUCUCCAGCGCUGACCACCACCAGGACGGAGAGAGAGAUAUGUUAGAGAAGCGUGUGAAUGUGUGUGUACAUAUGUGUGUGUGGCCUAAUCUCUGUGUAUAUACUGGAUACAUGUGUAUAUAUGGUGCGUCUAUGUGUAUAUAGAGUUUUGUUUGUAUAUGCAGAGUGUACAGUUAUUUUUUCGCCCUCUAAUGUUUCUCUCUCUUUCUAUGAAUAGGUCUACUAACAAAUACUGGAAGGUUUUUAAACUGCGGCUACAAUAUCAGCAGCUUUCACACAUAAUCCUACAUUUUCAACAUUUUAUAAGUCCGUUUGUGUGACGAAAGCAAUGUUUGUACAUAUAUAGAUGAACAAAUUCUCAUCUCUUUUUUUUCCGCUGGUGUUGGUUGUCAUUGAGAGCGAUAUAUAUUUAUCCAGACGACCUGACUUGUGCGUGUAUCUUGAUUUAUCCAAAUUUUUGCCUCUCAUGAAGCCGUCUAUGGUCAUCGGGUCGGACGUGCACAUCCUUCAUGAGUGACACUGCUUGUUUUUGUAUAGGUCCUUACUAAAUACGUGUGCCUCCCCCCUCUUAUACUCUCUUACUAACCCUCCAAACAUUACUCAUCCCAAUCCCCCCUUUGACAAGCCAUAGCCCCCCGCUCCCUCACCCCCCACACAAACUCCUCUCUCGUUGUUUUAACCGGACUGACAUUUUGGAUUUUGUGCAUAUUAUUGGAAGAGUGCCGUUGCCGAGUGUAUUGCAGUUGUUUCUGGAUUUGUUAUGAAUGUGGAUUAUUAUUGUAAUAAUGAUAAUAAUUAUUGACACUUUCAUUUGUGGGUGAGGUUGAUGAUUUUCUUUUUGGUUUUUUUUCUUGAUUUGUUUCCUUUUGGGCAACACCGAAAUUUAUAUUUUUCGGGCGGGUGAAUCUGGAGGUAGAACUACAUAAAUGAAUAAAUAAACAAAUAAUUUAAUUCUUAAA